CUAGGCAGGCAGAAUUUCAGUUUCAUUUCCUAAGCAGGAAGCUGCAGGCUGUGGAAAGGUUUCCAGUUUACUGCAGGAUUGUUUACUGAGGCAGAAGCUGUCCCUGGCGCUAGCCUUUGUGCAGACUCUUCAUUUGGCUGUCGAGUAUGGCCAUGAGAACUCGUUUGACGUGGUUGCAAGAAAAGUGCCUGCAGAAUUAUUUUGGAGAAAAACGGUUUUGUCUUCUUUAUAAAGCGAGUGUGCAGAAGUUCUGUAAGCAGGAUUUGUUCUGGAAAUGUUGGGAUAAUGGUCCUACCAUGGUUGUGCUAUACAGCGAAAACUGUGUUGUUGGUGCCUACUUGCAAGAAGGCUUCCAGAAAAGAGAGAUGUCUAUCACUCUUUUUGCACUCCAGGAGACUGAAGUUUCAGCAUGCCUAAUAGGACCAUAUUUGCCAGCUUUAUUGUUCUAUGAUAGACAGGCUUUCGAUUGUAUUCCUUGUUUCUAUAUAGUGUUAGAUGAGAAAAAUGUGACUAUAAGUUCAGAGAUAUGUGAAAAGCUCGGACUGCCUCCCGAAUGUUCUCCCAUGGAUAUUCUCGACUGUGAAACUUUUCGAUGCGAAGAGUUUUUGGAUGAGAAAAAGAGGAGAGACAUUGCUGUGAUACAGAAUAAUUUAUUGCAAACCCUGAGAACAUAUAAGCCUUAUGGAGACCUGGUUCCGCAAGCACGGAUUCUGCUCCUGGGUCCGACUGGAGCCGGAAAGUCUAGCUUUGUCAACUCAGUCAAGUCCGUUUUCAGAGGCAGCAUCACACACCAGGCCUUGGUGGGCUGUGACGUAAAUGGGGUAUCUGACAAGUUUAGGACAUAUCCCGUCACAUAUGGGAGUGAUGGUUUCCCCCUGCCGUUUGUUCUGUGUGACUCAAUGGGGCUGAGUCAGAAAGCUGGCUUGCAUGUAGAUGACAUAGACUUCAUAUUAAAAGGCCACAUUCCUGACAGAUACCAGUUCAAUUCCAUGAAGCCAAUCACAUCAAACCAUCCAAACUACAUUCAUGACUCCCUGCUGAAGGACAAAAUUCAUUGUGUGGUGUUUGUGUUUGAUAUCAAUUCUGUUGAACAGCUCUCUUAUGGACUGGUCACAAAGAUAAAAAGGAUUCGAAGGACAUUGAUAAGAUGUGGUGUUCUGCAUGUGGCUUUGCUUACACACGCGGAUAGCCUGGAUCUGAUUACAAAAGGAGACCUUAUAGACAUAUACAGCUGUAAGCCUCUGAAGCUCAAGCUAGAAGCAGUCCACAGAGACUUUGGUUUUGCUUUUUCUGACAUCUUGGUGGUUAGUAAUUAUGUCUCGGAAUGGCAUCUGGACCCUGUGAAGGACAGGCUAAUCCUCUUGGCACUGAGACAGAUCCUGAAUACUGCCAAUGACUUCUUAGAAGACUUGCCAUUGGACAACCAGGUAACAGAAAGGACAUAUUCUCAAGUGCUCAGAAAGAACAAAAAACAAGAGAAUUCAUCAUAUAGUAACAAUUAACUCAUCAACAGAACAAUGAGAAAACAGGGAAGAAAGGAGCUGAAACUAGAAUGCAUCUUAACUGUGCCAGGGAGAAGUACAUGUGUAAGAUAACAGUCCUUUGAUAAACAGGAGAACAAGAUAAAAUUAAUCAGUUAUGAGAAUCAACCAUAAUUCCUGUUGGAUUUAUAUUCUGUACCUAUAAAAAAUAAAGUUUGUCGUUAUAAAACCCAAAUCUAA